CACACACACACACACUGACUGACACACACACCAGGGAGGGAGAGACCAGUCCACUACUAGAACCAAGUACUACAACAGCUAUUUUUUCUCCUCCUUUCUUUCGGACUUGUGAAACCUCAAGACCCCCACCGCUCCCCCACCGGAGAGAGUCCAGCAGAGCGGCCAUGGCUUCGUCCGCGAGCGGCACGGAGGAGGCGCGCGUGUCGCCGCUGAGGUCGGUGGGUCUCGUGUGCGUCUUUCUGGCGCUGUGUUUGGACGUCGGGGCGGUGCUGAGCCCGGCCUGGGUGACGGCGGACGACCAGUACUAUCUGUCCCUGUGGGUGUCCUGCUGGAAGCCGGUCAGCUCCAUCCAGUGGUCCUGCAACACCACGCUGACGACCGAUUGGCAGAUCGCCACGUUGGCCCUGUUACUUGGAGGAGUGGCCCUCAUCCUGCUGUCCUUCCUGGUGGCCCUGGUGUCUGUGUGUGUCAGCUCCAGGAGUCGCUGUUACAAGCCGGUAGCCGUCAUGCUGUUUGCUGCAGCGGUGCUUCAGGCUUGCAGCUUGGUGCUGUUCCCCAUCAAGUUCAUUGAGGCGGUCAGCCUGAGGGUGUACCACGAGUUCAACUGGGGCUACGGCCUGGCCUGGGGCUCCACCAUCUUCGCUUUCGGGGGGGCCAUCCUGUACUGCCUCAACCCAAAGAACUACGAAGACUACUAUUAGGUGUCUUGCGAGACGAGGGCCUUGCUCUCCUCCCCCUUUGAGUUCAAACUUUCAGAAGAAAAAAGAAAGCAGCAUAGUAGGUCAUUGCAUGAGUGAAAGCCUCAGCAGUCUAACACAAUGCACCGCCGCAGAUUGGGAAAGGAACUAAAACACCUCCCCCCCUUAUUGUUAGUUUCAGAAACACCGCAGGAUUUCACCAUCUACAACACCAACUGAAAAACUCUUGCUCUCGAUACUGUGAUCCUCCCUCAUUGGAUUUAAUUCACCAUACGGUCUUAGCAGCACAGUCAGCAGCAAACCUGGCUGUGGGGCAGAAUUCAAUAACGGGGGGGAAGUGAAAGUCUACUAUUGAACAGAAAAGUCUGCCGUCCCCUUUAAAUGUGCGCUCCAGUAGGUCUUAUUUCUUUGGCACAAAUUCCUGACAGAACAGAUGGGUUUUCACUGAUCCCCUAACUCAGGCAAGACUGUGGACUAAUUAACCAAUCAUAGCAGGGAUGGCUAAGAGUGACAUCGGCUCUGACCAGCCAGAGAGCAAAGGGAUCU